ACCUGUGUCUCCUGCGGGAGGGGGGAGGCAGAGUGAUGCGGGGGAGAGAGAUCGCAUGAAAUUAGCAUCUGAAAGUUUGCGCUGAAGUCGGUAGUGCUUUUCGCCGUAGCUGCGGGAAGGUACAACGGCUGCAGGCUGAUCGGUAACCGGUGUACGUGCAUGACUGCCUUAAUGGCAGCUUGUGGCUCGCUAGGAUCGCAUAAUGGCCAGCGGCACCGCUGAUAGGUUGGAAACUCCAUCUGCCUGUCUGUACUUGUAAAGCGCUCAUUUCAUGUCCUGAACAUCUGGAGAUCUUUGUGAUAGCCACGAGAGAACAUGGCGAGCGGUGGUUACAGGUCACAUGCCCCGUCUUCGACUAACACCACUGACUUCCUGGAAGAGUGGAAAGCCAAAAGGGAGAAGAUGAGAGCAAAGUUGUAUGGAGCAGAGUUGGCAGCAGCAGCAGCAGCAGGGACUGCUGGGGGAACUGACAUUGCCAAUAAACCUAGCAAUGAGAUGAACAAUAAUAAUAGUAGCAGUAAUCCAUCAAACAGCAAUAACCAAGCAUGUGCUUCCUCAACGGUACUUAAAGUCACCGCCUCUAGGAGACCCGAUGAAGACCAGCAAGUUAAUUCAUCUGUUAGCCAGCAAAACAAAAGCCCGGGCCCUGUACAAGAUGGUGUAGCAGGAGGAGAAACACUGGAUGAAUCGUUACCACUUGCAUCACAAGACAGCCCAAGCAAGGCAAAAGAAAAAGGGAAAAACUCCAGUGGCCCAAGUGCCAGAAAGGGUAAAGGGCAGAUUGAGAAGAGAAAGCUUCGGGAAAAGAGAAGGUCUACAGGAGUGGUCAAUAUUCCCUCAGCAGAAAGCCCUGAUGAUUAUGAUGAGGAUGAAGCAGGACAGAAAGAAAGGAAGAGAGAAGACACGGUUACCCAGCAAAACACAGUACAGAAUGAAUCCUUAACCCCAAGUGAAUAUUUGCAACCGGAAACUGUAAGAAAUGUGCCAAACAGAUAUAAAAGCACAAACAAUGCACCCGAUGAUGACGUCUUAAAUCGUUAUUCCAGCAAUGAUCGGACAACAUGCAAUCGAUACACAAGAGACACAGUUUCUUCUGUCAUUUCUGGGCAGGGUAGUUCCUUGGAAAAAAAGAUUGAAGAGCUGGAAAGGGAGCUAGCAAAAGAGAGGCAAGAAAAUCUAAGGUUAGUGAAGAUAAUGCAAGACAAAGAAGAAUUAAUUAGCAAAAUGAAGGAGGAAAUCGACUUACUAAACAGAGAUUUGGAUGAUAUAGAAGAUGAAAAUAAGCAGCUAAAGCAAGAAAAUAAGACCCUUCUGAAAGUUGUUGGCCAGCUAACAAGAUAGAAGAUAUAGUGAAUUUUCACUGUAGAAUAAAACACUACUGAUUUUGUUUUUCUCUUGAGAGGCGGGUGGGUAGUAUAGGGGAAAUUAGUUACGGGAAUAAGGGGCUGUUAAGGUAACCUCUUCGAUGAAGGGGCUGUACCCAAUAUUUUGAAAAAGAUUUCAUAGAACAUUUAAGAUUGUGUAUUUAUUAUUAUAGAUUAUGUCCUUGAGAAAUAAGAAAUUACACCAGAUUUUGAAGGUCUAUAGCUAUUUGUGGUAAACAUGAUUCUCUACUGUAAUGAAAAUUAUAAUUUGACAGUUUAAGAAUUCAAGCGCAUUUGUAACGCUUCUGUGCAAUUUAUCUGGUCCAUCUUUGGGUAAUCUUUCAUACUUUCCUCCGUUGUCUGUGUGUGGUGAAAGAACAGUCCCUAAAUAUGUAUGUUUUGUUUAAAUAUAUAUGCAAGUCAAACAUGCCCAAGGAAGUAUUACAGCCAGACAGAACUGUCCUUGCCCUUGUUAAACCAGUUUCUGGAGAAAUCCCCGGAGGACAAAGGGUAAAGCAAGAGGAAUGUAAACCUAGUCACUGCAAAGGAAUGUCUCAUGUCUGGUGAGACCUAAUCUUUACAUGUAGAGUUGUUAAGACUUUCUCUUUUUCAUAUCCAUCCUCAAUGCCACUAUUACAGUACCCAUACCGGGGAUUAUCUUAGUAACUGACAUUUACAUAGAUCUUGCCAAGUGUAAUAUACAGAAUUGCUCUCGUUUGUGAUUUGUCACAUAUAUACGCACACGCACAUAUAUGUAGAUAUAAUAUGCACGCAUCUAUAGGAAAGUGAAUAUAGGAAUUUAGCAAGAAUUACAAUACACACAUACUGUAUGUGGGCCAAUCCAGUAAUUAAAAAUGCUGCAUAUUACUUCACAAGGGACAUGGACAUGAUUGAGGCAUAGCGGGCUCCUUUUUAGCAGUUUCCUAGUAGUCAGUGCUGUUGAACCUUGUCUUGGUCGACCCACAUUGUUUCUUUUUACUGUAUUGUUGGAGAGACACCUAUUUAGAUGUUGUCGUAAAAUACUAUAAUAUGCUAAGGUAGGCCAAAGUUGAUGACUCUUUUGACUUCAUGAACUUGUGGCCUUAUUGGUUUCUCCUGCUUUAAAAAUGACUGAAUUAAAUAUUGAAUUAAACAUUGAUUGCGGGAGGUAGUGCAUUUACAAUGUUGAUGAUGUAAUAUUGUUGUGGGCUACAGCAAUCUGAAUAUUAAAUAGGUAAAUUAAUUCCGCCCACAGUAUGUCAGCCUCUUUGUCCUCUCUGUUGUGCAUUGUGAGAAAAAAAUAUUUUCUGUUUUUGUGUGUGCAUUGAAAUAACCUGUAAUAUACUUUUUUCACAACACAUUCCAAAAUUUGCUAUAGAAAAAUGCCAUCAAGAAUUUGAUGUUCUACUUAUUUUAGGCUCAUCUUUUACCCAGAUUGUUUAAUACAACCAAGCAAUAGAAAUGUACAAAUGCAUAUUUAGGAGCUGACGUUCCCAGUGAAAUUGCAGGUAGCAAUACAUGUUUCUUCUUUUGGUUUGUUCAUAUUUCUGAGUUUACUUCACUUGCUAAAACCCAUAUAUUAUAUUUAUUCCUUGCAGUAGGCUGAAUUGGAUGUAGUUUACGUGACCGUUCACUAUACCAACGCUGGGAUCCCGAGCGAUUGCAAGCCCGACAGUCGGCGUGCCAACUAACAGGGACUAUUCCCACUCGUGAGUGUCCACGACAACCAUAGAGUGGGAAUAGAACCUGUGGUGAGCACAGCGAGCCCGCAAAAGGCUUUGUUGCGCUCGCCCCCCGGGCUGACAAUCUAAACCUCGGGAUUCCAGCAUUGGUAUGGUGACUGGCAGGAUCCCAAACACCUGUCACCCAUACCCAACUCUGCUUAAUGAGGCAUACAUAUGGUGGCAUACAGAUUUAGGGAAAGCAAUGUUUUUUCAUUUAUGAAGACACUUUAAAGUUUUACAUGAUGAAAGUUGAAUGUAUAUUUAGAUUUUUGAUAUAUUUUGACAUUAUUUUCACUUCCUGUUUACCCCGAAUAAGGUAAUAUUGUCAGAAAAGGGAAUACAGACACUUGUAACUUAGACCCGGCUCUGUAGUAAUAUGCACCUAAAGUACUUUAUCAUUACUGUAUUUAAAUAUUUUAGUUAGCACUUUUCAUUUUGUGUAUUGGUAUACUGUACAGUGUUAAAUUGUAUAUAGGAUAAUUUGGCUGAUAUGUUUAUAACCUUGAUUAAGUAAUAUUUGUGUAUAACCUUUUCACAGUUAAAGUGCACCCAGCGUCUUCAAUCAUGUCUAAAUUUUGGAAGAGGUGACACAAAAUAAAGAUUUAGAUGUAUGUACUGACUGUAUCCCGUGCUUGCCUACUCCCCCAGAAUUUCCAUGAGGUUGACAUUUUGGGCGCUCUCCUGUACUUCUGAUAGAGUAGACAAGCCUCCCAGAUCUGCUUCCUUCUCCAAAAAAGUAAAUGGGUUGGUGGGUCUAACGCCACAAUUUGUGAUGGACCCAUUCAUCUUGGCCUUGCCCCCUGCUGCACAGUGCUGCAAGUCACUCCAUUGUACAGUGGGGUAGGGUGCAGUAGAGCAGCAGGAAAUGCAAUUCUUGGUGCACACCCCCUGCACCUACCACUUGGGCGUGCCACUUCUGUAAAAAGCUAACAAGUAUGUUGGGUAAUGCCUGCUUAUUAUCCAAAGUAAGGAAUCAUCCACUUGAUGCUCCCCAACUAAUAUUCAACCCUUUUUAAAACGGUGUUGCUGAAACAAUUAGUAACGCUGGUCAGCAGAUUGUUUUAUAAUGGCAAAAGCACCAAACUCCUCUGCUUGUGUAUUGAAAGCAUUUAGGUAUCCAUUUUGCUGCAUUUUUAUUUAAUCAAUUGAAGUAGUUUGUUUCCUUUUUAAUGCAGAAGGAUUGGCAUCAGUGAGCAAGGUAUCAGUUUUGUGACAAAACUGCAUAGCAAGAUUAUUAUCUAUGUAACCCGUCAACAAGACGUACUUCCUAUACAUUGAUCUUUUUUUUCUCUUUGUUUUCCUUGAUGGAUCAACACAUGGCAUUGGGGUAUAUUCAAUUAAAGUCGAAACCUGCCGUCUUGUCGGAAAGACGGCAGGUUUCGACUUUUUCAGGUCAGAAGGGGUUCGGACCUAUUCAAUCCCACCCAGAUUUUUCCGACAAGUCGGGCCUUUCGACUUGUCGGAAAACACGUGGAUCAGCGGAAUAGCCGCCGAUCCGCGUGCUUAUGUUGUAAACAGGACCAAAUUUGUCAGUUUUUGGUCCCGUUACUGACAAUCUCAAUACAACUUUAAAAAAGUCAGAUUGAGGAGAUGAGACGGGGGAGCGGAGGAGCAGGGCACAGGUACCUCUAUAGUAGGGCGUUCCCUCCGGCCAGGCGGCUCACUCCCGGCAGCGCACCCCGGCCGCCACUGACAGCGCACCCCGGCCGCCACUGACAGCGCACCGAGGCCACCACUGACAGCGCACCCCGGCCGGCAUUGACCGCAGCAGCUGGACGGGACACUGGGAACGGCCAAAUCCGACAGUCAGAUUUGGCUCAAACACGACAGCCUGAUUUGGCCGCUCAUUGAAUAGGACUUGUCGGAUCCAUUACGACAAAUGCCUGUCGGAAUGGAUCCGACUUUAAUUGAAUUUACCCCAUUGUCAUUGAAGGCAAUGCACACAUAGUUGUGCGUAUCACCUGUUUUCUGCAGAUGGAUAACAUAUCUGUAACUAGGGUGAUCUACACAGUGAUGUUGGAAAAUCUAACAAAAGACCAAUCUCACAGGCAAUUAUUUAUUAGGUAUCCCACAAUAAUUGUAAUCAGAGUUAAAAUGUAAAUAUGUUAAUAGAGGCAUAGGAAGUACAGUAGUAAUAUGAUGUGUGCAGCACAUGCAGUUAUACAUAUCCUAACUUCUGCAAGAGGCUGGGAAUGUUUACUCUUUAUUUUAUCAAGUAAUCAUUUCUUAAUGUCAAAUUUAUCUGUAAUCUUAUUUACCUUGCAUUUUAUUGCAACUUUCUGUGAUGUUAUAAAAAAAGUUUUAUUUAUACAGUAUUUCUAUGGAAAUUCCACAGUUGUAUAAAUAAAAAAAAAUGAACGGAAAUGAAUCUGGUUAAAGUUUAGUCAUUAUAUUCAUUUAGUCAUUAUUCAUAGGGAGUGAAUUCCAAUCUUGAGGUUUACAAAAUAUGGUGUCUGCUUUUAUUUUGACUACAUAAACCAUUUUCUUCUA